CGCAGAGGCAUACACUGUCGCUCGGGAUCYGCAGAAGAAGCAUCCGGAGCUAGAAGCAGCAGUAGCAGCAUCGUCAUCAGCAGCAACAUUCACCAAAACGACAACAGCGAGAAGAUGGCGACCAAGAUCGUUGUCGUCCACGGAGGCGAACUCGCGAGGGACGUGGCKGAACAAAUCGAGGCGCUCCGACCGAAGGAAUGUGGGACCGUCGAGGUCACUCUCCGCUGCGCCUCGGAACGGCCCAAAACCCUGCUAGACUACAAAACAGGCAGGGGCGGCGACGACGAAAAAGUAGUCCUCUGCUUCAUCCUGCAGACGAUCGAGAACGCCGCCCCCACCGAGGAGGGGGGUUCCGUCCUGCGCUUUUUCAAGCGAAAGACGCACCCSGGCGACCUCCUCGAAAGUCCUGCUCUGUCCUUUGCCGUUCUUGGGUUGGGCGAUUCGAACCUGCUGCUGGAUCGGCAGACGACGGCGGCCAAGGACUGCAACCAGGCCGCGGAGCAGCUGGAUGCGAGGCUGGCUGCUCUGGGGGGKACCCGAAGGUGYCCCCUGGGGAUGGCCGACGAGCGGACGGGAUUGACGGAGGUCGAACCCUGGAUCAAGGACGUCUUUUGGAAGAGCUUUGUAUCACCGUAGUGUAACAAAGCGCAUCGCUAACA